UCCACGAAAGGACACUUGCUUGACUACAAAUUAUUACGGCACGCAGGCUAUCGGUAUUGUUUUCACAUGCACAGCUCAUUACGUACCUAGUUCAAAAUCGUUUGACCGAAAAACAAAUGUUGCGGCAGGGAGGGCUACGACCCCAGUUCUUGUUUCAUAACGGUCGUAACCCAAAACCUGAUAUGCAUAAGCGUCAUUAAUCCACCCCCACCCCCUCCUCCACAUAUAUAUAGAGUAUAGACAGACCUCUUUCCAGUCGCGUUCGCGGUGACAAAAAGAAAAAAAAAAUGGAGGACUUGAGCGCCAUGCGUCACCACUUGAUGUGCCCCAUCUCACUGCAGCCCAUGCAGGACCCCGUCACGGCGCCCACCGGCAUCACCUACGACCGGCGCGCCAUCGAGCGCUGGCUGGCCGCCGGCCACGCCACUUGCCCGGUCACUGGCCAGCCGCUCGCCCUCGCCGACCUCACCCCGAACCACACGCUCCGGAGGCUCAUCCAGUCCUGGUGCGCCCCGCGUCCCUCCACGCCACCGGAGGCGGCGGGUGCUAAUAAGCCGGCGGAUGGCGACGACGCAGUGGAGCACUCGCAGUCGCAGACCGACGACGACGUCGUCAAGAAGCUGCUGCGCGCGGCUACUUCCCCGCCCAUCGACGUGCUCCGCGAGGCCGCGGCGGCUGCGUUCGAGAGCGACGCGGCGCGGCGGCGCAUGGUGGACGCCGGCGUGCUCCAGCGCGUGCUCCGCGGCGUCGCGGCAAUCGCCAGCGAGGUCAAGGCCGAUGAUCCCCGACACCAUGAGAAUGAGAGCAGCUCAGCGAUCGCGCGCGCCAUCGAGGCCAGGCUCGACCUCGCCCGCGCGCUCGCCGUCUCUAGCUGCGACGACGACGAGCUGCGGCCGCAGCUGGUCGCCGACAGCCUCGUGCACGGCCUCCUCGACGCGGCGACGGACGUGCUGGCGGCCCUCGAGCGCGCCGGCGCCGGCGGCGCCGGCGGCGACGCGGCGCGGGCGAGCGCGGUCCGGCUGCUGGACUCCGUGACGGGGGCGGCCGGCGCGGCCGUGCUGGAGCGGCUGCGGCCGGGGCUCUUCCGCGCCGUCACGGCGGUGGUGCGCGACCGGGUGUCCCCCGCCGCGACGCGGUCCGCGCUGCGGGUGCUCCUGCACGCGUGCCCGCUGGGCCGGAACCGCGCGCUGGCCGUGGAGGCCGGCGCCGCGCGCGAGGCCAUCGAGCUGGAGCUCGACGCGCCGCCCGCGGGCGGCGGCGGCGGCAACAGGAGGGCCACGCAGUGGCGGAGCUGCAUAAUAACCAUUGGGUUCAACUGCUCCGCCCCUGGGGCCACGGAGCUGGCCUUGGCGCUGCUGGCGGAGCUGUGCGCGUGCGCGGACGGGCGCGCGGCCGUGGCGGCGCACCCGGCGGGCGUGGCCGUGGUGGCGCGGCGGCUGCUUCGCGUGUCCGCGGCCGCCGACGCGUGCGCCGUGCGCGUGCUGGCGGCCGUCGGCGGCCGGGCCGCGUCCCCCGAGGUGCUGCGCGAGAUGGCGCGCGUAGGCGCCGUCGGGAAGCUCUGCUGCGUGCUGCAGGCGGACUGCGACGCCGCCGUCAAGGACGCGGCCCGCGCCGUGCUCAGGCUGCACCACGGCGUGUGGAGCGGGUCGCCCUGCGUCAGCGCGUACCUGCUCUCCAGGUACCUCUAGUCGUUGCCGCCAGUAAGGGCACGCCAUGCAUGCAUGCUGCGAGGCAGCGACUUCCUGUCGGCAUUGCAGACCGACGACAUGGUUAAGUCUUCUCUACUAGUAACUAGCUCAUUUAGUUUUCUUGUUCGUCGAUCGGUCAAGAUUAUGCUGCCAGCAAAUAAUGGUAGUCAACCCAUCUAUCACCAGCAAAUGUAUGUAGAGGAAUUUAAUGUUAUUUUCCUUAUAUAUCUUUAUUAGACGAGGCUUUUCCUUUCU